AUGCUGCCCCCUGGCGGCGGCGAGGCCCCGGGAGGCGCGCUGCCGGCCGGCGUCUCGAAGAGCGUCUCGCGCCAGCCGCCCUGCGAGACGGCGCUGCCGCCGCAGGCUGGCGACGAGGUGGAGCUGCAUUACGUCGCGAAGGCCUCAGUGGGGGGGAGCUGGGAUCUGUACUUCCCCCACGCCGUGGGGACGGUCUUCCUGGACCUCCUGGGGUCCUGGGAGAUCGGGCCAGGCGGUGGGGCGGCCGUGGACAGAACCGCCUCCGAGUCCGACAUGUCCAACUGCUGGUUGGGCUCCACAACCUCGAGCCAGCGGCUUGGCACGCUCGUCGGCAAGCUCGGCAAGAUCGACGCGGGCGGUCCUCUGGAUCAGCAGCCCACGCGGCCCACGCUGGGCCCCUCGCCCUCCGCGGCCCCUCUGGCCAGGGCGGCGGCGGCGGCCGCGCCGCCCGCCGGCAGUGCGGCGCCCCUCGGCGCGCAGGCCGCACUGCCCAGCAGGGACCUCGGCGGCGCACCCGGCGGCCUGCCGCCCGAGGGCGCCGCGCCCGCCGGCUCCCGCGCCCAGCCCGCUGGGGCGACCGCGCCCGUCGCGGCGCCCGCGGCGGGCGCGGCGGCCGCUGCUCCAGCGGCGCCCGCGGGCAGCGCGGCGUCGGCCGGCGCGCCGCAGGGCGGCGUCGCCGAGGUGGUCGCGGCCGCAGGGUCGGUGCCGGGCGCCGCGGCGCCGCAGAGGCUAGCUGAGCUGGGCCUGGAGGGGCCAGUGGUGGACGCGUACGCCGAGCGCGGGAUCACGAGCCUCUACGAGUGGCAGGCCCAGUGCUUGGCCGUGCCAGGUGUCACCGAUGGGCGCAAUCUGGUGUACUGCGCCCCCACGAGCGGCGGGAAGACGCUGGUGAGCGAGGUUCUCAUGCUCCGCCGCGUGUUCAGCCUCAAGAAGAAGGCCAUAUUCGUGCUUCCGUAUGUCAGCAUCGUCUCGGAGAAAACGCAGUACCUGCAGUCGAUAUGCCGGCACACUGGGGCAUCAGUAAAAGGCUUCUACGGGGGUAGCCCAGAGGGCAUCCGCGAGAGUUUUGACGUGGCUGUCUGCACGAUAGAAAAGGCGAAUGCGUUGGUCAACCACUUGAUCACAGAGGGGAAGCUUGCCGACAGCGUCGGCACCUUUGUGGUAGACGAGCUGCACCUGGUGGGCGAUGGCUCAAGAGGCUACCUGCUAGAGGUGACGCUUAGCAAGGUCCUGUACUUGGCGAAAGACGCACAGGUCGUGGGCAUGAGCGCGACUCUCCCAAACGUUGCCGACAUAGCCAGCUGGAUUGGCGGUGCGCUCUACCAGACGAGCUAUAGGCCCGUGCCCCUGCGCGAGUACAUCUUGUCCAACGGUCAACUUCUGAACCCGGAUGGGUCUCUGGAGCGCGAGGUCCGCAUGGAUGGCGCACCUGCUGGCCCGUCGGAGCCCGGCUCGUGCGACCUGCUCGCCGCCGUCUGGGAGGUGCUCCGCGACGGCCACAGCGUGCUGAUCUUCUGCUCCUCCAAGGUGAAGUGUGAGAAGGCGGCGGAGUUGCUGGCCGAGCGGCUGCCGGUGCUGCCCGCCGAGCAGGCGCGGGCGGCAGCUCGGGGUGCCAUGGUGGGGGAGAUGCAGCAGCAGACCUUCGGCUUCGACGAGCGGCUCGCGCGCACCCUGCCGCGCGGCGUGGCCUUCCACCACGGGGGGCUGACCACGCACGAGCGCGGGAUCAUCGAGCGCGGCUACCGCCAGGGCGACGUCGGCGUCAUUUGCGCCACGUCGACGCUGGCCGCGGGCGUCAACCUGCCCGCGCGCCGCGUGAUCUUCCAGACGCCGUUCAUGGGCAACAAGCUCCUGGACGCCACGCAGUACCGCCAGAUGGCCGGGCGGGCCGGGCGCGCGGGCCAGGGCACCUUUGGGGAGGCGGUGCUGAUCGCUCCGGGCAGGAUGCGGCAGCAGGUCCAGGAGCUGGUAGCGCAGGCCCUGCCCCGCGUGGCCAGCUGCCUCCGCAGCGAGUCGCGCGGCCUGCAGCGCCUGCUGCUCGAGGUGCUGUGCGUCACGGGGCUCGGCGCCGGCGAGGAGCUCGUGCGCUUCUGCAGGAGCACGCUGCUGGCGACCCAGAAGGCCGCGGAGGGCCGGCAGCUUACCGGGGACCUGGCGAAGGACUACCCGGAGAUCGCCGACGCGGUCCAGUGGCUGCUGCGGCACGACAUGGUGCGACUGGACGAGCGAGUCCAGACCUACGCCGCAACGCCCAUCGGCCAGGCAGUGGUGGCCAGCGGGCUGGACCCGCAGCAGGGGCACCUGCUCUUCCAGGAGUUGGAUCGGGCGCGCUCCUGCGUGUCCCUGGACACGGACCUCCACAUCUGCUACUUGGUGACCCCACCGGACGUGGGCGUCACGGUGGACUACGAGGUCUUCAGCCGAGUGCUUCACUGCUUCUCGCCGCCAGAGCAGAGGGCCGCGGACCGCGCCGGCAUCCGCCUCGACCUGGUCGACAGGGCGAGGUUCCAGGGCCGCAUGCCAGCCGCCCUCCUCGGGUCCGUGGAUGGCUUCCGCCUCGCGCGCUUCUACAGCUCGCUGGUGCUCUGGGCUAUCCUGCACGAGACCCCCGCGCCGCUGCUGCUCCGGCGCUUCGCGCUCGGCCGCGGCAGCCUGCAGCAGCUGCAGCAGGCCGCCGCGUCCUACGUGCACGUGGUGGCGGUGUUCUGCAAUCGGCUGAAGUGGUUCUCGAUGGAGUCGCUCAUCCUCUCCUUCCAGAAGAGACUUACGUUCGGCGCGCGGACCGAGCUGGUGCCCCUCAUGCAGAUCGAAGGCAUGGACUGUUCGGUGGCCCGCGCCCUGUACGAGCACGGGUUCACCACCCCGGUCGCGAUCGCUGGCGCCAGGCCCGCAGAGGUGCUCAAGGUCCUGCGCACAACGCUGCCACACGACCGGCCAGCCGCCUCGCUACCCGAGGGCAACGCCGAGCGCCUCAUAGAGGCGGCGAGGUCGUCAGCCAAGGAGACGGUGAAGGACAAGCAGCGCGCAGCUCGCGAGGCGCGAAAGGCCCUGAAGGAGAGAGCCAGCAGCGCCACCCAGCCCGCCAAGCGGGCACGGCAGGCAUCCUCGGCCGGGGCGCCUGCAGCCGCCCGCGACACGCCUCCUGGCCAGACCGCCCCAGCGCCGGCAGCACUAGACCCAUCGUGGGGAGUCGCAGGGCAGCGAGCAGCCAGCGCACAUGCCCCCUCAGGCCCAGCUAGGUGUGUGCCCUCGGCGUCGAUGGCACAAGGAAGCAGCGGGCAACAAGGGGCUGCCAGUGGCAUCGGCACUGGGCACACUUCCUCCGGGCCUGCGGCGUCGCCGCAUACACUGCCGGGGCAGCCACAAGGAGGCACCGGGCAGCGAGAAGCCCAGAGCGGCGACAGAAGAGAGCACGUCUCGUGCAGAUCAUUGGCGCCAUCGCACGGGAUGCUGAGUGUGCCUCACGGGGGCAUUGGGUGCCGUGCAGGCGACAGCGACAGCAGCAGCGGGCGUGCUGCCUCCAUGCCAAUGGGCCCAGCGCAGUUGCUUCCAGGCCUGUCACUGGAGAGAAAUGGGCAGCAAGCACCUGACGGCGGCAGCGUCAUCGGGCGGGUUGCCUCUGGGCCGCUGACGCCUGCGCAGCAGGUGUCGUCGAUGCCGCAAUGGUCGAAUGGGCAGCGAAGAGCUGACAGCGAUGUCGCUUCGGGGCUGCCUAGCACUGUCGGUGCCAGCCGCAUGCGCGCGUCGGUGGCUUUGGGGACGCAUCCGGAGGCGGCGCCCCGCACCACGGGGGUGGUGGCCGCCCCCUGUGCCGCCGUGCAGGCUUUGCCUGUCGGCGCAGCCCCGCACGGAGCUGCACUGCGUGCACAGGCAGCGCCGUGGGGCCUGGCGCCAGUGCCCGAGGAGCACGUGGCGGAGGAGCCGCCGUCAGAGGUGCAGCAGGCACAGGCGCUGUGCGCCAUCCCGCCUGCCAUGCAGCCAGAGGGCCCCGCGGCUUCGCCGCGGCCGCGCGGCGCUGUGGAGGGGCGUGACGACUAUGGAGCCCCUUCGUCUCCGUCGCCCGCGCAGCUCAGCGAGGGGCUCCGUCGCAUCGGCCGCGGUUCUCUCACACCUCGGGACCUGGAGGCCGUCAGCCAGCAAUCAGCAAGUCCAGGCGUCUCGCAGCGCGGCGGCCAGCAUGCUGGGUCGGCGCGGGGACCUCUCUCGCAGCGACCGUCAGACGGAGUCUACACCAGCGGCGAAGAGAGCCGCCGCGCGGAGCACUCGCCGCGUUCGGCCUCUGAGAGUCGCGCCGCUUGUGCCGGCGCUGCGGCUGCGGCGGAGGCAGCGUUGCUGCGUUCGCCGUUUGUCAUCAGUGAUGAUGGCCAGGUUCCGCCAUGCCCCAUGCUGCAGGUUCUUGACCCCGCGGUCGUUGCGGAGUGGGGCCCGAUUCUGCAGGACAGGCUGGCCGCUUGCGCCUUCUUGGGCGCGACUUGCGCGGCUGGCACGGGGCAAACAGAAGUCCUUUGCUUGGCUCUGGGCCCCCAGGAGGCGGUCUGCAUCUUGCUGCCAGAGCCUGGAAGGUCGCCGUCUGCGCCGCUGAUGACGACCCUGCGGUGUUGGUUUGGGGACCAGCGGCAUCUCUGCGUCUCACCAGACGCCAAGGACUUAGUCGGCGCACUGCUGCGCCAUGGUGUAGACGCCCGCUGCGCGCUGGCCGAGCCGCGGGUGGCAUGGUGGCUGCUGGACCCCGACGACAAGCAGCACACCAGCACUCAGGAGAUCGCCAGACAGCUCGGUGCGCGCCUGCGCGAGCAGCCUGCCGCCGAGAGGCGGCAGGUCGCGCCGCUGGUCGGUGAGGGCGCCAGGGGCCUCGACCCCAUCCUGCGCACCCAGAUCCUGGCCUGCUGGCCGGAGUGCUUCCUGGCGCUGCCGCUGAUGGCCCUGCUCCUGGGGCGCCUGGCGGGGCAGCAGCUGCUGGACAGCUUCUGGCAGGUGGAGAUGCCGUUCGCCGCCGUGCUGGCAUGGAUGGAGCACUUCGGCAUUGCGUGCGACGCUCGCGACCCGCUGAACACCCGGAGCCAUGUGCUCUACCGGCUCGCGGCCCUGGAGCAGCGCGUCGGCGAGUUGGUCGGCCGCAGCGUGCAGCUGAGCUCGAGCGAGGACGUGGGCCGAGCGCUCUUCGAGGACCUGGAGGUGCCUCUGCCACCCGGGGCGCGGUUCAAGCGCAAGGCCAACGGCCGCGUCGCGUUCCGCUCGUCUGCUGAGCUGCUCCAGAGGCUGCCGCCGCACCCAGUGGUGGACCACGUGCUCGAGCACAGGCGCUUGGCCCACGCGGUGCGCCGCAUCGAGUCCCUGGCGCACGCGGGCGGCCCGCCGCGGCCGGAGCCGCCCUGCGCGGAGUGCUGCCGCUGCGGGCCGGCUGCGGCCCCAGAGAGGCCGCAGGAGGAGGCCGCACCGCCGGCGCCCCCCGCGCCGCCGCCCCUGCCGCGGGUGCGCUGCGAGCUGGUGCAGACCGCCACGGCGACGGGCAGGCUGGCCACUGGGCCCGGCUCGGUGCCGCUCCUUUGCCUCGAGAACCCGUUCGAGAUGCGCGAAGUGGCGCGGCCCUCGCUCCAGGAGGAGCUCUCGGCCGGCCUGCGCCCCGAGCCGGGAUGCCGCGUCUUCGUCGCCAGCGCCGCCUCGGCACCGCCACGGCCGCGGCUGCUGCGCGAGGGGGCGCUGCACGCGGUCGACGAGCGCUCGUGCGCGGACGUCUUCCCCGGAGGCGCGGCCCCGCUGGCGGACUACUGGGUCGCCCACGGGUGGAGCCACUACGCGGAGGCCGCGACGGCGCGGGCCGUGCGGCAGGUGCUCGUCAGGCACGGCCCGCACGGCGCCUCCGUGCUGACCUACCCCGCCGAUCAGGUCUGGCGCCUCGCGGCCCCCGUGCGGCUGGAGGACGGCGCGGCGCCCCCGCUGCUGGUGAACCCGCGCCGCCUCCUCGUGGCGGGCGCGGGCCGCGUGCUGGUGAGCCUGGACUACUCCCAGCUGGAGGUCCGGAUCAUGGCGCACUUCUCGCAGGACGAGCGCUUCGUGGAGAUACUGCACGGCGACGGGGACGUCUUCCGCCACGUCGCCGCAGGCUGGCUCCGGAAGCCGGAGGCGGCCGUGACGGCCGAGGAGCGGAGCGGCGCCAAGCGCAUCUGCUACGGGCUCGUCUACGGCAUCGGCGCGCCGCGCCUGGCGGCCGAGCUCCGCAUCUCCCGGGCCCAGGCCCAGGAGUUCCAGGCCUCCUUCAUGCGCGAGUACGCCGGCGUGGCCGCGUGGGUCCUCCGCUGCAGCCACCGCGCCCGCCAGUGCGGCUACGUCGAGACGCUGCACGGCCGCCAGCGCUUCCUGCCCGGGCUGGCGUCCCGCGCGGCGGCCGAGCGGGCCCACGCGGAGCGCCAGGCCGUGAACACGUCGUGCCAGGCGUCCGCGGCGGACCUGAUGAAGACGGCAAUGCUCGGAAUUCACCGGCAGCUCCUGGAGCUGCGCACCCACGAGGGCGGGCAGUGCCGCAUGGCGGCGCGCAUGCUGCUCCAGAUCCACGACGAGCUGCUGAUCGAGGUGGAGGAGGCCUUCCUCGACCGCGUGCGCGAGCUUGCGGUCAGGGAGAUGAUCGGGGCUGGGGAGGGGCUACUGCGGGUGCCCCUGCAGGCGACGGGGCGGGUCACCCCCGCUCCCAGGUCUCUGGCCAGGACGACGUCGGGACGGCCAGUGCUCCGCCACUGCAGGCCUUCGCGGGCCGGCGUCGGGACCGUCCAUAGAAGCGACCCAGGAUGAGAAGCCGGGGGCGGCAGGGGGUCGGGAGGUUCAGGGGCCCAUGUCGCAGACAAAGGACGCCGCCUGAUGCCUGGGUGCUCUUCCUAGCCAGUCU